GAUGUUGACAAGAUGGCGGACAUGAGAAAGAAUGAAUUGUGAAAUAUAAUUUGUGCGCAAUUUUUGAAUUAGUAAAAGGUCAAAUUAAAUGAAUUUAUAUUCCGUUGACAACCAUCAAUGUAUGUCAAUUGUUUUAUUUGUGUCGACUGCACGAUAUGAACGGAGGAAGCACUAAAAUAGUUUUAGAAUCGGACCCAACUUUCAAUUUUGCCAACAUGGCUAGAUCACCAUUUUACAGAACAUGCAGAAUUCUUUGUCACCUGCUUUCAAUGAUUAUUGUCAGGUUUUGGAAACUCUGCACCUCUGCCUGCCUAAUCCUGUUGUUGUUGUAUUGGUUCUAUGGUGGCGCACUGACAUUCCUGUUCUUGAUGAUUUCAAUAUAUGGUUUAUUUUACUAUGCACAAGACAUGUUCCUGUAUUAUCCGGACCAACCACCAAACUCGAGAAUCUUUGUUGAACAGCCAGACAAGUUUAAACUGCCAUAUGAAAAUGUGUUUGUGAAAACGAGAGACGGAGUGUCGCUAAAUAUGUAUUUAGUGAAAAAUCAGAAUAUGUUUGCUUUUCCAACAGUAAUGAUGUUACACGGAAAUGCAGGGAAUAUAGGACACAGGUUAAUGAUGACAUACUACCUGUAUAAGAUAGCACAUUGCAACGUGUUAAUGGUAGAAUAUAGAGGGUAUGGAAAAAGUGGUGGAAAGCCUUCAGAAUCAGGUAUAUAUCAGGAUGCCGAGGCAGCAUUUGAAUGGCUUCUGAAGAGAACAGAUAUUGACUCGAAGAAAAUAUUUAUUCUAGGCAGUUCACUAGGUGGAGCUGUCUCUAUAAAAUUAUCCUCCGAUCCACAAUAUGCAGGACAUAUAGCUGGGUUGAUGUUAGAAAACACUUUUACCAGUCUACCAGAUGUAGCAAAAAAUUUAUUCAGCAUAAAAGCUUUAGAUUUUCUGCCAACUUUCUGUUAUAAAAAUCAGUUUCCAUCAGAAUAUAGAAUAGGGAAAAUCUUAAUACCAACCUUAUUUCUCUCUGGUCAAAAUGACGAACUUAUACCUCCAAGAAUGAUGCAAGCUUUAUAUAAUCUUUCUGGUAGCAAACUAAAGCGUCUAGUGCCUUUUGAAGGUGGAACACACAACGACACUUGUUUGUGUCCAGGGUUUUUUGAAGCUAUUGCUCAAUUUAUGUAUGAGGUAUUGAACAGUUCCAGUGCUAAUAAGGAAACAAGCAAAGUAAAUAUAGAAACAGACUCGAGUAUUCUUUGAACCUUUUAUAUAGUAUACUGUUGCCAUUGAAGUAAAAAGUCUCUUAAGUUAGUUUAUUGAAGUCAAAGUGCAAGGAACUAUAUUCCUGUGGAAGUUUGGACUGUGAAGUCAUUAUUAACUGGGGACAUUGUUUUUUGAGGAUUUUGAGGUCUAAAGAUCUGCAAUAUCCUAUCCCAAUGAACAAAUUAAUUUACUGUAUAUUUUUUAUCCGUAUGAUAUAUAAACACAAAGUCAUGUCCCUAUUAAAUAAAGGACCGGAACCAAGGAACUUUACGCUGAAGGAUUGAGUUCACAGUAACCCGUGAUACAGUCAGUACUAAAUAUAGUGUUGGGUUUUAUGUGCUGAAGGGCUUGACCCAUGGAGCAGGUUUUGAAAAAUUGAGACUGCCUAGCCAGUGGUCUACCUAAGUUAAGCAUCUGGGUACACAUACACUCUGACUGAAGGUAGUUUUGUUAGACAUUCGGUGUCUAUGAUGAUUUUUACCUGAGCUUCAGUGAUGGUCAUAAUUAUAUCCAACACAUUUCUACGAGAAAGGUUCUAGUUAAACACUGAAAGAAGAAAAUAUGGAUCUAAAUGAAGUGAAAAUGUUGACAAAAACUUAAUGAGUUGCAGAAACAUGUAUAUUGUUACUGAAUGUGGUACAAAAUGAAGUGAUUAAGCAGGUAGAUGUACAUCACAGUAGUGACAUCUAAUAAAUGUCCACAGUCAA